GAUACGGUUGAUACAUCUUCGAAUUUUGGUGUAAUAUUUAAUGAUUUUCUUCAUUCAUAUUUUAUUUAUUAUAAUAAUUAACAACUUUCCAUAAAUUGUGCCUUAUUUUUAUAACAUUUUUUAUAUAUAAUAAUCAUAUAUUACGAUAUUGAAAAAACAUUGAUCAAAACAAUAAGUAUGGAUUUCUUGGAAGGAAAAGAAUUGUAUAAUUGUUCACUUUCGUCAUUAGUUACAAGUCCAUUUGUCACACAAUGGUCUCAAGAUAACCACUUAUCAAUUAUUACAGAAAAGGGAAUUCAUAUUUUUGAAUUAGUGCCAUCGCCAAUGACUUAUGGAUCAAGUGUAAAAUUUUCCCGUUCAUUCGUUUAUCCAUCAGAUGUAUUGCCCACAGAUACAUUUACAUCUCAAUUAAAUUUAAUGUUAUGGCAAUGGACGAGGCAAGAAAUUUAUUCUUUUCUUUUAGAAGAAACACUUAUUCCACGAAUGAAUGUCAUCACUGAUCUUGUACCAAAAGUUCUAUUUCUCGCGUGGUCUUCUCAAGGAAUGGUACAUCCAAGUAAAUGUCUUUUGGCAAUGAUAUCAUCUGCCGGAGCAGUGGAUAUUCUUUUAAAAGACGACUGUGAAUGGUUUUCAGCGUGUGAUAUACACUCACAUUGGUUGAGAAUUGUCACUGAAGAAUUUCCCGACAAUAAUUUUGGAACAUUAAAAAGUGAACAAUUCAAAUAUUAUAUCCGACGUUUGCAAGCAGUUGCAAUAACAUGGAGUCAAUUGUAUGAAGAAUCAUAUUCUUAUUUUGUCGUCGCUUACAGAAGUUCCGAUUUACUUGUAUGGAAAAUUCCAGCUGUAAUUGAUCAUAGUCGAGAAGUAAUUCCAACUGUUGCAUUGAGAACAAAUUUGAAUCUUAAUACAAAAAUAGAUCUCAUGGAAUGGAUAAAAAUUGAUCGAAAUAAAUGUUUAAUUGUAAUGACACUUUUUAAUGGUACAAUUAUUGGUUUAAUUGUUGAUGAUAUACAGGGAAAUGUAACGUCAAAACAAAUUGAAAUCUAUUCUGAAGAAGAUCUUGUGAGAAUUUCCAGUAUUAAAUGUAUUUUAUUCGCUGAAGGCGAGAUACGAUUGGUUAUUUGUAAAAGUACAUUUUUAUUCAUUAUCACAAUUGACAGUACAGGAAAAAUAUUAAAUAAUAUGUAUUUUCAAGUUCCUGCUUUUUCUAUAACAGGAUUUUCAAUGAUUGAUGAAAAUCAAUUUUUGAUUUACAGUCAAGAGGGAAAAUUAUUCUUGACAAAAAUUGAAAACGAAGAAAUACAAGGAAGAUUAAUUAAAACCGAUUUACCAAAAUCAUAUUCGCAAUAUUUGGGCCUCUCACAUUCGUACAAUAAAGUUUUAUUUGCGACUGUCACGAGUCCAAAUACAAUGUACGAUCAUCUUGUUGUUCGAGAACCAAGUACUUUUCAUAUUUUCAGCAUUGAUGGGGAAAAAUUUAAUCCUCUUGAAAUAUUAAAACAAAAUAAAACUAAUUCAUUAUUAAAUUAUUGGGAUUGUUUUAUGGUUAUUGGAUUGAAACUUAUUAAAAAUUUAAUAACUGUCAAUUCAAUUGAUAAGAUUCCGAAACAUUUUGAAUCAAUUUCUGUCUAUGAACUUCGAGUAUUAAUGUGGCUUUUAGUGUUUGCCGAUGUUUAUAGAAGAAAAAAAUCUCUCAUUGAUUUUUCAAAUGUUUCUGAUGAAUUAUUAGAGAUACGUUCAUUGAUAACGAUUUAUACGUCAUCGUCAUAUUUAAUGGCAAUUGGUGGUAAAACACAAAAUAGUCAUGAACAAAGGCUUUGUACUCGAUUUUUAAGAACUUAUUUAGAAAUUUAUAUUGCCGGCGAAGAAGAAGAAUUGGAAAUGCCAGUUAGUCAAUGUGCCGAUCGAGCAUUAAAAUUUACAUGUAAAGUAGAAGUUUCUGGAUCGGAAGUUUGUAAUUUAUGUAAAAAUGUAAUUGUUGAUCUUCCAUGGAAAACGGAAAAAUGUCCCACUGGACAUAAAUUGCCAAGAUGUGCUAUUACAUUUUUACAAAUCACAUCAGUUAGAUAUCGAUCGUGUCCAAUUUGUAAACAAAUUUUUCAUUCUUCUCUUGAUGAUGAAUAUCCCGAGGGACCAAAAUGUCUAUUUUGUGAUAUACCAGUAUUACAUGAUUCACGAGUUUUUGGUUCAGUUGAUCGAGAUAGAACCAAUUUUUCAAAGCGAUUAUCAACACGACUUAAAAAUGCUGAACAAGAUGAAGGUGGUGACGACGAACCCGACGAUAUUUAAGGAACAAGUGGAUAUCAAUAUGCAGACGUGGCGAAAUUUUCAUUUCUACAGCAGGAAUUUUAAAAGAUAUAAAUCGAAACACGGUAAGAGAAUUCGAACUGAAGUGAAAAGCGCUAAACACGCUCAUCGAACAUUUGGUUUACCAAGUGUUCAUUUGAAUUCUCCUUCGGAAUUUUUGAAAAAAAAGAGUCGUCUUUUGCCAGAAAAAC